UUUACUAUAAUAGUCGAUGGAACAACGUUGAUCCAUCUGUCGAACACUAGUGCUCGAAGCCAUGCUACCCAACCAUCCCACGCCUCCCCAGUGCAUAUGUAUCAUGCCGCCUGCAGUGCUGUUACCAGAAAUUCUCCUACAGCUCCAAUGGAUUCCCGUCUCCUGCAAGUUCCAUCGUUACACAAAGUCUGCAUGCGGGUAGGCCCAUUGGCCCGGGAAAGCAGCUGCUGGUCCGGACGGGAUCCCCUUUUCCAGGUUAAAUCGGUGCGCCGAAGCCCCAAAACCGGUCUCCCGAGAGUCUAGAACCCCCGAACCAGUCGCCAAACUGAGUCUCGUGCCGCCCGCGAAAGAUCGUCAUGGGGAAUUCUGCUCUGCCUCCGCCAGCACAGUUUAGAAAGUGCGUCGUCGUUGUUGCGCUUCUUUUUAUCUACGCCUUCGCGGCGAACGCGCUGUUCGGCCUACUCUAUCGGAAUGGCUACUACGAGGCCCUGGUUCGUCUGCGCGAUGAGGGGCCGCACCACCUUCCCGGCUCCUCCAAUCCCAUCCUCACGUUCUAUACGGGAAUCGGCUUUUUGGACAAGCUCCUGACGCUCGCGAGCGUCAUGUUCGCCAACGUCACCGACGGAAAUGCGCCCGAGCUAUCCCUGUACGCCUUUCACUUUGGAGGACAGUAUCUUGCCAUACUUGUCAUUAUUGCCGUCGAAGGGUUAAGGAGUGGGAAUCAAUCGAACUCCUUUCGUUUUUUUUCCAUAUGGGGAUGCUUGAUGCAAGCCACGAGCUAUGGUGGCACCAUGCCAAUCUAUGCCAUGAUUCACUUAAUUACUUCACCGACCGCCCAGGAAGCCGGGCCGUUGCUCUUGGAAGCAACCUCGACCUCGAAAUUAUCGGAGCUCUGGGCGCUACCGCAGGCGUUCAUGCUUGGCUAUGUCAUACCAGCAGUGCUGAUGAGCGUCCCGCUAUUUUCGAACACCGUCCAUCAGUGGUUCGGCGGACUAUGGCAAGGAUCGCCCAUUUUCAGCAUGCUUAUCGCGAAACUAUUAGCACUCGGGUUCGCGACGAACCCACCGUCCCAGGAUAUCUCCGACACCAAAAAAUUGUCCCGUCCGCGUCCAAAACAGCCCCUUACCAACAGCCCACAGCCUCCUGUCUCCUUAGCCAGGGGCCAAGAAAAGGCCCAGGAGAAGGACUUGCUUGCUAAGGCUUACCUGUUCGCAUUCGUCUGGUGCGUCGUGUCUCAGCUCGUUCCGCUCCUACUGAUUAUGGCGGUCCACAUUUAUCCGACCGCAUUUCCCUCCCGCUUGCGCGAGGCCUGGACUAUUUUCAAUGUAUUCGUACCCCCGCCGUUCUGGUCAACCGAGCAGAUGAAAUCUAUGGCGACCGGAAUGCACGACUUUUUCCUAUACGAUCAAUAUGUCGGUUCGACAGCCGCUAUCGUAUGGACAUUCGGACUAUAUCUCAACACCAGAACGACGCCCAUCGGAAUAGCAGAUUGGGCUAAAUUAGCAUUUACAAUCGCCGCGUUGAGCGUGCUCACAGGACCUGCCGGCGCGGCCGUGUGGCUGAUGUGGGAAAGGGAUCAGUUGCUACUAUCCGUGUAGGAGAUAACGGAAUUAACGCAUAUACACUAUAGAAUUGUUUCUCCCAGCACUCUCGUGCCAUCAUGUACACUUUGCAUAUUUGUAGGUAAAGCUGCAAAAUGGCUAACCAUUCAGCUGAGCUAAAGCAUAUAAAAUCAACAUCUGCAUAUCACGACGUCGCUACGAACCAUAUACACGCGGGUUCGGGCUAUAUCACGAAAAAUAUACAAAAUUACUUACUUAAUCUUAAUGUUUUAUCAAUAGACUACA